CGGGGGUUCGUCGGUUCGCUCCGCUCGUGCUUCGUUCAGCGCUGCAUCCAUCCCGCUCCCAGUCUUCGUCGGACCAACCUGGGAGUAGUAUCCGUCCUGCGGCUUUGAAAACAAUCGUAUCGGGAUUAUUUGGCGUUAAAACUAGGAUACUGUUCGACAAUUCGUCUUACUGCAACAACAAGCUCAACAAUAUUGGAAGCGCUCACAGUGACUGCAGCUCUAUCCUGAAGCAGCCUUUGAACUGAGGCCUGGAGUGUGCCCUGCUCUCCAGCCAAACGACUCCUCCUUCUCUCUCCCGUCGCCUCCAAAGUGACACACUUUUUUUUUGUUGCUGUCAAGGACACUGAUUGCACGUGAAUCUCAGGGAGACAGUGGGAGUUCAAGGAAGAAACUAAUUCCCAUCUGAUUCUCAAGUCCUAUAAAUCUCAGGAAGGAAUAUCUCCCUUUACAGGAGCUAAACAUGGGGAACCAGUUAACAGAAAUCGCCCCCAACCCCCCGUUCCUCCCCAGCUUCCAGUCUUUACACAUUGUGGUGAUUGGUCUGGACUCAGCAGGGAAAACCGCCCUCCUCUACAGACUCAAGCUGCGGGAGUUUGUGGAGACGAUCCCCACCAAAGGCUUCAACAUGGAGCGGAUUAAAGUGUCCAUGGGGAACUCCAAAAGCAACAGCACCACGUUACAGGUGUGGGACGUGGGCGGCCAGGACAAACUGCGGCCCCUCUGGAAGUCCUACACCAGGAGGACGGACGGGCUGGUGUUCGUGGUGGAUUCUGCUGAGUCGGAGCGCAUGGAGGAGGCCAAAGUGGAGCUGCACAGGAUCGCCCGGUCCGCAGAGAACCAGGGGGUGCCGCUGCUGGUUCUGGCAAACAAACAGGACCUGGGUGGAGCCGCUUCAGCUGCAGAG